AUGGACUUCACAGAAAUUUACAAACAGACCUCGUCUCUCGUCUCCUUCAGCCCUGGGACGCACUUUCUGCUCACCGCCGUCCAGGACCGCCUCAUCAUCCGACGCUCAGACUCUUUCCAGAUCGCCCGAACUUGGCUUGUCGACCCGACACCGUCCCCGACCGCAGCCGCUCUCGCGAGCUCGAGCAAGCACAAGGGCCGAGCGCAAGCUGAGGAUACCUCGCACUGGAUUACGCACGCGGCAUGGUCCUGUGACUCCGAGUAUGUCAUGGCCGCGUGCGCGAGGACCGGCGUAGUGUCCGUCUUCAAGCUCAGAGACGAGGCCUGGAGCGCACGCAUCGAGGCUGGCUCUGAAGGACUUGUCAAGGCAGAGUGGGCCCCGGACGGGAGGACAGUGCUAUGCUUCUCCGAAUGGGGUCUCAGAGUGACUAUGUGGUCUUUGGUCACCGGUGCUGCAACAUACAUUCAAUAUCCCAUCCACCCAGAUCGCGGUUACGCGUUCCGAAAAGACGCGCGCUACUUCGUCCUAGCAGAAAGGCACAAGUCCAAGGAUACGUUGGGCGUGUACGACGCGCAAGAAGCGUACCGUCUAGUCCGACACUUCCCCCUGCCGACAAACUCUCUCGCUUCCGUCUCACUAUCGCCCACCGGGAAUUACCUGGCAGUUUGGGAAGGUCCGCUUGAGUACAAACUCCAUAUCGUUUCCCUCGCGGGGAGCGUGCUCGGAUCAUUCUCACCAGAGCCCGACCCCGGCUUCGGCAUCCGCAUGGUCUCAUGGCACCCAUCUGGCAUGUUUCUGGCCGUUGCGGGGUCCGACGACAAGGUGCACAUUCUGGAGAGCCUGACCUGGCAGCCAAUAGCCACGUUAGAGCUGCCAACACGAGCACCCGCGGGCGUGCACGUCUGGCGUGAGCCCUCCGGAUGGCUCGAAGCCACGCACGGACGCGGCUUUCUAUCGUACGAGCGCAUACAAGCCCCCUUCGCUCUCCCCACCCCCUCCGCUCAAGUGCGCUCCAAACCCACAAAACCCGCCACGCGGGCCGCAUCCGCCUCCGCCUCAUUGGGGGCGCGCGGGGGCGCGGGCACGACGCAACUCGCGUUCAACACGUCCGGCACGCUCCUCCUUGUGCGCUCCGCCGCGCUCCCCACCGCGGUCCUCCUCUACGACUUCCCUCUCCCGUCCCAUUCUCCCGCCGCCGCCUCUUCGCAUUCGACUUCCGCACCAGGGACACCAGGUGCUCAACCGCUGGUCCCGCGGCUGCGUACGGUGCUGCUGCACACACAGUCGGUGAGCACCGCGCGCUGGAACCCGGACCCAGCGCGUGCAGGCCGCCUCGCGGUCGCGUGCGCGAGCCAGAGCGUGUACCUGUGGAGCGACGAGUGGGUGCCCGAGCCUUCUUCGUCCCCGUCUCCGCUGUCAGAGGAAGACGGGGAGGUUGCAGAGUGCGUGGGGGUGCCGGCGCAGAAGUUCGAGACGCGCGACGUGCGGUGGGCGCCGGACGGGAAGGGCAUGGUGCUGUUGGACGAUGACACGUUCUGCUGCGCGUUUGAGGUCGAGGAGGAGGGGCAGGAUGGGGACGGGAGCGCGCCGGGGGGUUCUUGA